UUCGAUCAGCGACAGGUCAUCCAACCCGGGCGUGGAUUUAACUCUCGGCCUGCCCGGGUCCCCCGAAGUGUUGCUUGUUGUCCGGCCCAUAAUGGCUUUGAAACCACCCUUUGAGUCUGCCUUUGCAUCAUCCGCCAUUUCCAGAACCGAAAUUAGUGAUCUGCUCCCUGCCUCGACUCGAUGCCCUCAAACCCACGCCCAGUAUUGUCCCUCGUUGAACGCGUCGCAGUUUGUGGCGCGUGACCUCUGCGUCAAACGACUUACUCACGUCCAAGAGUGGCUGUGGAUAGCAGGCCGCGCGCUUCCUCCACGCCCGCUGACCUUCCAGGUCGCAGUCGGGCGCAGUAUCGUCCCUGACCAGCGAGUAGAAAUGCACCUCGUCUGGGAACGAACGCGCCGCAUGCACAUCAAGCCACUACCGCGAUACCUACUCGCCCCGCAGUUUUGGCACGACCAUAUAUGCCCUCAUGCUCAGGUAUAUUUUGAUGCGGUCGGCUUUCUCUGCUCCUAUCUCGCACUCAUCCAAUCCGAGAGUGACUUUGCCAUUGCGCAGUCGCACAACCUCGUCUCCGCAUCUCUGCAGUGGCCUUCCUGGGUCCUCCUCACGCAGCAAGUCCUCACAGCAAGGACGAGCAACUGCUCAGCCCUAGCCACUACACGCCUGGGAUCUCCGUCGAAACGAAGUCCACGCUACACCUACGGAGAACUCCGGCUAUCCCGCCUGAACCUCGUCUACCGCCUGCGGCACGGCUGCCUCAUCCGUGGCUAUGAAUUCCAAUACCAGACAUACGGCGAGCUUUUCACGGCAUACAUUGCACCCCUUAGUAUAACUACUGUCUAUAUUGCGCUGGCGCUGACGGCGAUGCAGACCGGUCUUGCGACGGACUUCCUGGAGCGCAGCGCGGCCUUUCGGGUUGUUUCGGGGUGGUUGGCGGUGGUGUCGAUUGUGGUGCCGUUGGCAGUGAUCCUUGGGUUGGGAAUAGUCGCGGCUGUUGUCUUUGUGGUGAAUCUCAGCAAGGCGUUGACGUGGAAGCGGGAGAGGCAGAGAAAGCUAGAUGAAGAAGUUGGUUAACAGCACAGCGGAACGAUUUAGGGCUUCGGAGGAUGUUAUAACCUACAUGGAACCGAGUCACUUUCCGCAUUCUGCGCGGCUUGAAAUGAACAUAUAAUCACUAGAGCAAGCAACCGGGACCUAGGUACCUGCACAUUCUGUAUAGGGAAUAGCCUCGUAAUAUGGAGUUUCAUUGCUUGACAAUUUGUUGAGCUGCCUUGUUCAGCCG